GCUGCCGCGGUAACCAAAACUAACGCCGCCCCGCCAUACAAACUCAGACGGAACCAACGGAUCCAGUAUGAAGAGUGUGUUUCAGGAAGAAGUUGGCGCCCCUCCGCUAUAAACUAUUAGCAUGUAGGCUAACUGGAGUAUAUGAAAAUUCGCCUGUGUAGAAAUUUUUCCCUCCGUCGGUUUUGAAGAAGUCAACAAUGAGCGACAUGGAAUUCAGCGUCCCCCUGUCGUCACUGGCCCUCCUGGUUCCACCACUGAGGCUGAUGUCAGCAGUGAUGUGGGAAGUGGUUCGCCAGAGGAACAUAAAGCACUAUGGGAAGCUGGAAGAGUUCGUAUCCAUGGUUACAGAUGCAGUUCCUGAACUCAUGAGUAAAAGAGAGGGGAGACUGUUGUCGCUAGGUCUAAGGGCCAGGACCACUCUGGAAUUACUACGUUCUGAGCAUCCUGAAGAUCUGAAAGCUGUCGAGACUCAUCUUAACAGGAUCCGAUCCUCCUGCAUUGAGGAGACAAAUGAUCCUGUGAUUGAAGCGCCGGAGGCCAACUUUAUGAAGCUUGUGCAAGGCCUCAUUGAAGACACGGAUGGCCGAGAACAUUUCCUCAAGAACGUGUUUCCAGUGGAGUACGGCCCUGACUUUGACACAGCGCUGGAGACACUCGUUUCUGAAUUCUUUACCAGACUGGAGGAGCUGCUGCCCAUCCCGGAUUUCAAGCAGACUGCUUCUUGGCUCAGUGCUGCCCCCUCUGUCCUUGAGGAGUACAUGCAGUGUGUGUCAAACGGAGAUGACCUCAAAUUUCUUCUCCAGAGCAAGCAGUGUCACGGAAAAUUGGCCAAAAAUACCGUUGCUCCAUUUCAGUCAGAUGAUCUUCUCAUCCCCUCCCUGUCUCUGCCCCCCUCGCUGGAGGUGGCCAUUGCGUCCCAUCCGAGUGCGUGCGAUGACGACAGCAGCGUUCCGCAGAUAGUCAUGUUUGACGAAGAACUGUCAACAAACCCUUCCACGUCAACCGACUUUCCCGAUUCUCCAAAAAGACCUGAACUAUCCGCUCCUUGUCACAGACAGCAAUCACAUAAGUGUCCCGACUGUGGCAAAUUCUUCAAGCAUCACUCUGUCCUGGUGGAGCACCAGCGAGUCCACAGCGGCCAGCAGCCCUACAACUGCUCAGAGUGUGGGAGGGCGUUCAGGACGGCCACGCUGCUCGCCGGUCACAGGCUCCGAAAAUGCAAAAACGCCGCUUACCUGUGCAUAAAAUGCGGGAACAGCUUUCCCACUUCUCUGGACAAAUUCCGUCACCACUGUCCCAAACGAGGUCGCAGCUACGACUGCGAGCACUGUGGGAAGACUUUCCAAAAGUCCAGCAGCCUAAAGGAACACCUGCUCACUCACGUCCAGAGCCGUCUUUUCAAGUGUAGUCACUGCGGCGAAGGUUUUUCUGGCAUCGGCGACCUGAAGUAUCAUCAGCAGGUGGAUCACGACAAGCCCUACCAGUGCAAGAAAUGCAGGAAGAGCUUCAUCUCCUCCAAGUGUCUGGUCAAACAUCAACAGCGCCACGACGAGAUCGGCGAAAUGGAGGCCGCCAAAUUACUGAGUGGAGGCAAACACCGGAAAAGCGGCAGCCGUCAUCGGAUUUGCUCUUUGUCGCUGUCGGGUUCCUCAAGGAAGCUCACGAUCAAAUCCGCCUACUCCCGCGGACGAGUCACUCACAACUGUCCACUGUGCGGACGCAGCUUCAAGUACCGCUUCGAGUUUCUGGAACACCAGAGGUUCCACACGGCCGUGAAGCCGUACAAAUGCUCCCAGUGCGGCAAAGCCUUCCGCACGGAGUCUCACCUGUCGGGCCACAGGAAGCGAAAGUGCAAGAACGCCGCCCACAUUUGCACCAAGUGCGGUUGUCAGUUCCGCUCGUUACAUGAGCGCGUCAGGCACCAGUGCGUGCAGCUGCUGACCAAAUACGAAUGCUCUCACUGCGGCAAGACCUUCAAGAUGGCUCACCUGCUGAGGAACCAUCAGAUGACCGAGCACCAGCUUCCCUACAGCCCCAACCACCGCUUCCGGUGCAGGUACUGCGACGAGACGUUCCCGGGCAUCAGCGAACUCAAGUAUCAUCAACGGGUCGACCACGAGAAGCCGUACCAGUGCCAGGAGUGCGGCAAGUGCUUCCUGUCCGAAAAGUGCUUGUCCAACCACGAGCUGCGCCACAACGACGACCGGCCCGAGAGCUGCCCCGUCUGCGGCCGCGGCUUCAGGAACCGCUACGACUUGAAGCAGCACAUGCGCACCCACACGGGGGAGCGUCCCUACCAGUGCACGCACUGCGCGCAGUGCUUCUCCACGGCAGGGGGCCUGCGCAGCCACACCCGGGUUCACACCGGCGAGAAGCCGCACAUCUGCCCAGAUUGCGGGAAGGCUUUCUCGCAGAUGGGCGCCAUGCGCACCCACAGGCUCACCCACACCGGUGAGCGCCCGUUCAAGUGCACGGUGUGCGGUAAGGGCUUCACCAUGGCGCAUAAAGUGACCGUCCACAUGCGAGUCCACACCGGAGAACGACCCUACGUGUGCUCCCAGUGCGGGAAAGCCUUCUCUGACGGCAGUGUGCUCAAGCAGCACAUGCUCAACCACUCAGGCGUGAGACCCUUCCACUGCCAGAUCUGUCCCAAGACGUACACGUGUCUCAACCACCUGAGGAGGCACCUCAAAAGUCACUCCAGCAUGAACUGACUCGGAAAAAGCACUGCUGUCCCAAACGAGCUCUUUCCCCUCCGCACAAACAUCCGAAAGACUGCAGCUUUUAUUUCCCCCACUCCAAACGUAUUAGCAACACGGAUCCCUCCUGCUACAUCUUCUUAUUCUCUGGCAGACCAUUCAUUCAUUUUCUACCGCUUUUCCUCACGAGGGUCGCAGGGUUGCUGGAGCCUAUCCCAGCUGUCUUCGGGCGAGAGGCGGGGUACACCCUGGACUGGUCGCCAGCCAAUCACAGGGCACAUAUAGACAAACAACCAUUCACACUCACAUUCAUACCUAUGGACAUUUUUGGAGUCACCAAUUAACCUAGCAUGUUUUUGGAAUGUGGGAGGAAACCGGAAUAUCCGGAGAAAACCCACACAUGCAUGGGGUGAACAUCCACACAGAGAUGGCCGAGGGUGGAAUUGAACCCUGGUCUCCUAGCUGUGAGACUCUGGCAGACCAAUGUUUAUUAUUUCUUUGAGAUGCUAAUAAGGUCAUGCUAAUAAGGUAAUCAGACCUGCCGGCAUGCACGCAUUUUUCAUAAUCGGACAUGAAUGCCCUUCGGUGCUCUCAGGUACGCAUUUUGUUACAUUUCGCUGGUUUUGAGUUCCCUGGAUUAUCCUCCACUGGCUCGCUCCUUCCUGCUAUCGGUUAGCAUGACGCGCAAAAAUAAACACACAUAUAUAUAUAUAUAUAUGCAUAACGUCACACUGCGGGACCUGUAGAGGGUGUCAUACGUUUUUCUCUGAAUGGACAGCCCACCUCCGCGAACGCCUUUUCAUCUGAUUUCGGAUUAACAUUUGCAAUAAAAAUGCCAGUUGGAACCCCCUAUCACUCAUAGAUAUCAUAGAUAGAAGAAGCUAACUAGUGAAAGAGUUAUGGCUGUCGUCACACCCCGAUAAAAGCAGGGGUGUCCAAAGUGCCACCCAGGGACCAUUUGUGCCCCGUGGCUUGUUGUUUUUUGGGCAUAAUGUUUCAAGAAAAGGAAUGGUACCGGUAUUAUGAAGGACAUUUAUCGGAAAAUCUCCACAGAUGUGUGAAAAAUGAACUCAUAAUCCUUUUUUUUAAAACAUCAAUUAUGGUUUGCUGACUGAGAUUUAAAUUAAAUCAUCUUGGUUCCGCUUUUUUUGUGUGAAUUUGCUUUCUUCAAGGAACCGUGAGAUGUUUUCUCCAUCUGUACACUAGAGGGCAGUAGCUACACUCUUGACGCUUGUUAGUUAAAAUCAGCUGGAAUCAGGGAGGAUGAUGACUUUGUUUAUCCUUGAAUGACUUUUCUCCUGUAUUAUCUUCACAAACAGACGUUCGGGUAGACUCUCCUUCAUCUGGCUCAUUUCCUGUCAUUACCUUUUUUAUUUGGUUUUGGUUUGGAAUCUUGAUUGGCUUGCCAUUUCCUGAACCCUGUGACAUCUGUAAACUGUCAGGAAGCGCUUUUUUUUUUUUUAAAGAAUGGAGCAAUUUAUUCCCAUUAGUUUGUGCAAUGUCUCGCGAGACACUCACGACUCCCGAUAUGUGAGCGACUCGUGAAUAAUCUCUUCCAUCUGUGUUGGCUUUUAUUGGGAGAACAAAAUGAUCUCAGUUUGAUGCAUAUGUUCCACAUCCCAGUAGGUACUUUUGAAUCAUUAUUUCAUCAUUUUCUAACCUAAUCCCUAUUUAUUAUAAAAGUGGUUCUGUGUCCCAUUUUUUUCCUCUCCCCUUCUGACUCAAAUUUGCUACUAGUUGUGUCUACUUAGCCUCAAAAUCCUGUGGAAAGUGACUUUAUGUGCCAGAAACUGAGGCCAGGACUGUCCCUCGGGUGUUUUGCAUGCUGGCCUACAUGUGUUGAGGUCUUCUCUUGAUUUUUUUUUUUUUUUUUUUUUUUGAGCCUCCAUACAGUACAUGUUCUCAGUCAUGGUGAUGAUACCACGAGUGAGCUCAUUGUGUGAUCUAUAAAACUUGUCUUGUAAAGAAACCCAUCCACUUAUGUAACGUCCAACAAAGCCAAUUUCUCAAAU